UACAGAAAUAGGUUUUUCCUGAUGGCUUAUAUUAAUUAGAAAUUAGAAUCGAAAUCGAUGUUCAUUACUUUUUUUUAAAUUUAAUUUUAUAUUUAAAUUUAAAUAAUGUGUGAGAUUACUUGUGAGAAUUUUUAUUCCAAAUUACCGGUCAUCGAAAACGCAAUCAAAGAAUCUGCUUUUGUUAGCUUAGAUAUGGAAUUUUCCAAAUUGUAUGACAAUGUAUCAAAACCGUUUAGUCUAUUUGAUACAACUGAAGAACGGUAUAAAAAAUUGCGCCAACAAGUAUCUGAUAUAACCUGUAUACAGUUAGGUAUAGCCAUUUAUGUUUAUGAUGCUGAUCACAGAACAUUUAAUAUGAGUGCUUACUCAUUUUAUACCUACCCUCAGACAUUUUAUAAGUCUGAUAGUGUGGUAAAUUUUCAAACAUCAUGUGUUGAAUUUUUAUGUAAACAUAAUUUCGAUUUUAAUAAGUUAUUUCAUAGCAGAGUACCAUAUUUAACUAACGAACAAGAAUUAAAAAUAAAGUCAGAAAUGUCGGAUGAAUUAUUUUUUGAUAAAUAUUUUGAAACUAAUUUAAAAUUUCGUUCUAUUGAAAAAGAAUUAAUGAAAAUUUUAAAAAUUGUUUCUGAAUGGUAUGAUACAGCCAACUACGGAGAGCAGACAUUUUUAGAAAUAAAUGGAUGCAGUGAACCUGCAUAUAUUAUCCUAAUGCAAUAUUAUCUUCUGAAAAAGUUAAAAUAUAUACUUAUAGAUGAAAGUCAUUUAGGAUUAAAUAUUACAAAAAUAAAAGAUAAUACAAACUCGGAAAUAUUAAACAGUACAAUUUACGAAAAUUUAAAACUAAGUUUAUUAAAUAAAAUGAUGGGUAUUAAGUAUUUAAUAACUCUAAUAUCGAAGUUGAAAAAACCAUUAAUUGGGCAUAACUGUGCUUUGGAUAUUUUAAUUUUAUCCAACCAAUUUUUUACACCCUUACCUGAAAACUUCAAAGAUUUCCAAAAUUUUGUAUCAAACAAUUUUGGUCCAAUUUAUGAUACUAAAUUAUUAUGUAAAGAAGUGAAACGUAUAGUAUCUAAAAAUGAUAAGUGGAUGGGAAGUUCUCUCUCAGAAAUAUAUUCAUAUUUAAAAGAUGGAGAGGGUAAAAGAUAUUCAGAUACUAUGCAUAUUCAACUGACUGGUAUUGAAGAACCUCAAGACAUGAAAUUACACCAUGCUGGGUGGGAUGCCUAUUAUACUGGUUAUUGUUUUAUUAAAAUGAUUCACAUUAUUAAAAGCUUUUCUUGUAAAACUGAAGAAACAAAUCUAAGAUAUACUUUAACAGAACUUUUGAAAUCAAUAGAAUUUUCUAAAAACAAAUUAUUCACCAGUCGAUCAAUAUCAAAUAUUUUGGAUUUGGAAGCUGAUAACCACCAUAAUCAGACAAAUUAUUUAAUUAUUCAGAAUAAAGGAACUUUUUAUAAAGCUUUGGAUUUAAAAAAACUUAAACAUGAUCUCAAACAAAUUUGUAAUUUUGAUUUAAAAUUACUUUCAAACUAUACUGCAUUGGUUGCCUUCCCUUUCAUGCAUAGUCGUAUCAUUUAUAAACUAAAAACAAACUACAGUGUCCAAAAUUAUUCAAAAUACCAAAAGAAAAAAAGAAACAAACAAAUUAUUGGCUUCAGUUUAGCUAUAAUAACUACUUGUGUAACAAUUAUGAAAUAUUUAAGGAAAUAAUAAAGGUGUAAGUAUGAAUUCUUAAUGUCUUAAUAUACUUGAUAUUAUAAAACUAUGAUAUACAUAGUGUUUUAAAUGAUUUUAAUAAUGUUAAUAAUUCUUAACAAAUUUUAUGUAAUUCUAUUG